GGCGGGGCCUGUGCGGAGGUGGGCGGGGCUCUGUGCGGAGGUGGGCGUGGUUUGGCGGAGGGGCGGGGCCUGCUGUGGUGGAAUGUGGCGGCGGCGGCGGCGGCCCAGGCGCUGAUCCCCGCGGCUGCUCCCCGCUCCCGACGCCCAGCGCUGGCUGCAGACGCCCCGCAGCCAUGUCCACCUUCCGCCAGGAGAGCGUGGAGGACUUCUAUGAGAUGGGCGAGGAGCUGGGCAGCGGGCAGUUCGCCAUCGUCCGCAAGUGCCGGGAGAGGAAGACGGGCCUGGAGUACGCGGCCAAGUUCAUCAAGAAGCGGCGGCUGUCGUCCAGCCGCCGGGGCGUGAGCCGCGAGGAGAUCGAGCGCGAGGUGGACAUCCUGCGCGAGAUCCAGCACCCCAACAUCAUCACCCUGCACGACAUCUUCGAGAACAAGACCGACGUGGUGCUCAUCCUGGAGCUGGUGUCCGGCGGGGAGCUCUUCGACUUCCUGGCCGAGAAGGAGUCCCUGACCGAGGAGGAGGCCACCCAGUUCCUCAAGCAGAUCCUGGACGGCGUGCACUACCUGCACUCCAAGCGCAUCGCCCACUUCGACUUGAAGCCAGAGAACAUCAUGCUGCUGGACAAGAACGUGCCAAACCCUCGCAUCAAACUCAUCGACUUUGGGAUCGCCCACAAGAUCGAGGCUGGGAAUGAGUUCAAGAAUAUCUUUGGGACCCCAGAGUUUGUAGCCCCCGAAAUUGUGAACUAUGAGCCCCUGGGGCUGGAGGCCGACAUGUGGAGCAUCGGGGUCAUCACCUACAUCCUGCUGAGCGGAGCCUCCCCGUUCCUGGGGGAGACCAAGCAGGAGACACUGACCAACAUCUCUGCUGUCAACUACGACUUCGAUGAGGAAUAUUUCAGCAACACCAGCGAGCUGGCCAAGGACUUCAUCCGCCGCCUGCUCGUCAAGGACCCCAAGAAGCGAAUGACCAUCGCCCAGAGCCUGGAGCACCCUUGGAUUAAGGUGAUCAAGAGGAGGAACGUCCGCAACGAGGACAGCUGCAAGAAGCCCGAGCGGCGCCGGCUGAAGACCACGCGCCUGAAGGAGUACACCAUCAAAUCCCACUCCAGCAUGCCCCCCAACAACACCUACAUCAACUUCGAGCGCUUCUCCAAGGUCAUGGAGGAGGUGGCUGCGGCCGAGGAGAGCCUCCGAGAGCUGGAGAGGAACAAGAAGUCCUUCCAGGAGGACAUCGAGGCGCUGCUGUCCAUCUACGAGGAGAAGGAGUCGUGGUACAAAGAGGAGAACGAGAGCAUCAGCCAGGACCUGCGGCAGAUCCGGCAGGAGCUGCAGAAGACGGAGGCGCUGAAGAAGCAGGCGCAGGAGGAGACCAAGAGCGUGGUGCAGGCGGCCAACGGGCUCAAGCGGCGCUACCGCAAGCUGGAGAACCACUACGAGGCCCUGGCCAAGCAGGUGGCCUCCGAGAUGAAGUUUGUGCAGGAGCUGGUGUGGUCCAUCGAGCGGGAGAAGCUGCAGAGCAGCGAGGGCGACGGCAGCAUCCGCUAACCCGGCCGGCCCCGGGGGCUGCGCUGCUCCCCCUGCUCGGCCCCGGGCAGCGUCCCCCGGUGUGCAGGGGGUGCUUGUCCCCCCACCUCGGGGGCUGGGGCCGUGCCACCCCGGGUUUGGCUUCCUGCGUGCAGCUCCUGCCUGGCUCGUGUCCCCGCGCUCCCGUCACCGCCGCCGCGCUCCGGGACGUUCGUCCCCCCUCACCCCGGUCCCCGAGCUGCCCCAGUGCCCCGUGGGGGGGUUGGUGGGCAGAGCCCCCCUCUGCACUGCAGCUGCAGCCACGCAUGGGCUGGGACCAAGGACUGAUCCCUGCGUGGCCUCGCACUCCGCAGCCCCCCGGGAGGCCCCUGCGCCCCACAUUCCCCCGGGGGGCUGCAGCCCGUGUCCCCCUGCCCCAGCCCUGGCUCCCCUCUUCUCAGAAUAAAGGUUUCUGUGUAGCGGG